AUGCCUGCCUUGAUCAUUUCUACAAAUGUCAACCUUGAUGGAGUUGACACCUCCUCCAUCCUCUCCGAAGCCACCUCUGAGAUUGCCAAGAUUAUCGGCAAACCUGCGAACUACGUGAUGAUUGUAUUGAAGGGUUCCAUACCCGUUUCAUUAGGAGGAACUCAGGAGCCAGCAGCUUAUGGGGAGUUGGUGUCCAUUGGUGGCCUUAACCCUGACGUGAACAAGAAUUUGAGCUCUACAAUUGCAUCAAUUUUGGAGAAAAAGUUGUCAAUACCCAAGUCACGACUCUUCCUUAAAUUCUAUGAAUCUGAGGGUACCCACUUUGGGUGGAAUGGUUCCACCUUCUAA